CCGCUCGUUCUCAAAACCUUGCUCAACGUCUCGUCGCAGAAUAACAGGAGAUCGAAAAAAACGAAAUCGCCGACACCCAAAUCCGGAGCCCUAAUUUCAAUUUCUUCCUUUGAAAUCUUCACGGCCUUCGUCUUCUCUCUGCGAAUUGAGUCCUCCAGUCGUAUGGACUUCGACUUCACCUGCAGGCAAUGGCGCUAGAGACAGAGGCGGCCCCGAUGAUCGCGCUCACGACCUCGUCGCGAUCGGUGACCGAGACCGUGAACGGCUCGCACUGCUUCGAGAUCAAGGGUUACUCGCUGGCCAAGGGCAUGGGCAUCGGCAAGCACAUCGCCAGUGACAACUUCACCGUCGGGGGCUACCAGUGGGCCAUCUACUUCUACCCCGACGGCAAGAACCUGGAGGACAAUUCGGCCUACGUCUCGGCCUUCAUCUCGCUGGCGAGCGACGGCGCCGACGUGAGGGCGUUGUUCGAGCUCACGCUCGUGGAUCAGAGCGGGAAGGGCAAGCACAAGGUGCAUAGCCAUUUUGAUCGGUCUCUGGAGAGCGGUCCCUACACUCUCAAGUACAGAGGCAGCAUGUGGGGAUACAAGCGAUUUUACAGACGAACUCUUCUUGAAACGUCGGAUUAUCUGAAGGAUGACUGCUUAAAGAUAAACUGCACUGUAGGAGUUGUGGUUUCAUCCAUAGACCGUCCGAUUCUAAAUUCAAUCCAAGUUCCAAAGUCUGAUAUUGGAUCUCAUUUUGGCAUGCUGCUUGAAAAUAUGGAAGGCUCAGAUAUAACUUUUGAUGUGUCGGGUGAGAAGUUCCAUGCUCAUAAGUUGGUGUUGGCUGCCCGCUCCUCUGUAUUCCGAUCUGGUCUUUUCGAUGGAGCAGGAGAAAAUAAGCAAGAGAUCGUUGUUGAUGAUUUAGAACCUGCAGUCUUCAAGGCUUUGCUUUAUUUCAUUUACACAGACAAUCUGCCGGAAGAUGAAAAGUCACUGACAUCUUGCUCAGGUCAUGCAUUGUCUACGUCUGAGACAUUGUUAGUGAAACUGUUAGCGGUGGCAGACAGGUUUGGUUUGGACAGACUAAGAAUAAUGUGUGGGUCUCACCUAUGCAAGGAUAUAUCUGUCACCUCUGUUUGUGAGAUUUUGGCCUUGGCUGAUCGUUACCAUGCGAAGGAACUGAAAGCUGUUUGCCUGAAGUUUGCAGCUGAAAAUCUUGCAGCUGUUAUGCGAUCAGACAGCUUCGAGUGUCUUAAAGAGAACAAUGUUUCUCUGCAAUCGGAGCUUCUUAAAACAGUGGCAGGUUGCGAUAAGGACUUUAGCCCUGAUGGUGGAAAAACUCGCAGUGUGUGGGCGCAGCUUUCUGAUGGCGGCGACAGCACCGGGAGGAGGGUCAGGCAAAGGAACUGAUUCUGUGCCAUCUUCUUUCUGUAAAUAGAGGUUGAUGUGCAAAUGGCAAAAAAAGAACAUGCAACUGUAGGAGAAAAACAUUAACAAAUGAUCAAAUGUUUGUCAUGUAUAUUAUGAUCAUUCAGUUUUAGUGCCGAAAGAAAAUUGUUCAUUUCAAAA